CUCCACUCAUCUCUUCUCGCCGAUGCUUACGUACACAUGUUUCUGCAUAUAUAUAUAAUUAUAUAUUACAUACAUCGCACACUCAUCUUAGAUCACGUGCGGCCAAGCCCUAACGAGGUCACUUUCUCUAAUUACGCCUAUCUUUUUUUUCUGUUUUCGCCUUUAAGUGUGGUUAGCUCAAUUUUUACUCUGGUUUUUAGCUUACAAAAUGAUUAGUGAACACUCGGCUUGAGUAAGGGGUGACGUUUUUUAGGUCCAGCUAAGAGUAGCAUUGUGUUUGUGUUUGUGUUUGGACAAUGAAAAUGAAAGAUACAAAUUUUUUCGAUUUUGAUUCCUUCAUUUCCCUGGGAACCUAACAGAUGCCUAGACUGUAAUUUUGGAGAUCUGGUGUAUUCCUUUGGGUUUUGAUAUGAUUAGCUCUCUUUUUCCCAUAAAACUCAAUUUCUCGUUUUUCUUGUAAGAUUUGUUUUGAUUGUUCAAUUUUAUUGUUUUUGCGGAUCAAGCAAUAAUUGUAGAUACUUUUUUUAUGGAUUAAUUUUUUACUACUAUUUCUUAUAUGAUAUAUUUAUGAUAUAUUUGUUUUAUAGUGGAUCUUGGGCUUGUGAGGUUUAUAGCUUACAGCCUUACAUGAUAAUGUUGAGAAUUCGGGUUUCAAUUUUCUACUUAUAAGGUUGCCGCAGUAUUGGUCACGGCAAAGUUUAUAUAACAUUAUUUUUACUUUAGUAUUGGCGAGGAUAAAAUAGCUUAUGUUGACUUUUUUCUGUUUAUAUUCUUGAGGAAAUUGCGUUUUCUAUUGAAAUUAAAGUGCUUAUCUAGUCUUCUAUUUUUUGUGCCAUUAUUAAAAUCUCAUCAUCUUAGGAUGCUUGGAUUUUAUUUUAUUUUUAUAUUUUAAAGAACUGUUGUUUGCCCUCUUACUCGUUGUUAAGUGGAGUAUAUUUGAUAUUUUAGAUAUGAUUCUUAGGAUGCACUUGAGUGGCCUUUGUUCUGGAAUGGAGAUGGACUGUCUAAACAAAAAAUUUAAUAUCUAGGUGCUGGACCAAUGGCUAACUAGACCUAUCCUGUAUCCUGAUUUUGAUAUCAGUGUCACAAAAAUCCUUGUUAUGAACAUUUGAAAUGGUGGAUAAAAUUAUGUUUUAACUUUACCAUAUAAAAAAUCGAUAUUAUAUUUUUCGAUUUUUUCUGUCAGUGGAAUUAUUAUUACUACGAUGAUGGUGAAAGCAGUGACUUCAGAAGAGUUUCCACAGUGAAUAAGUGUUACGCACUAUGAAUCGAUCUUUUGAAAACAUAUCAAGUUUGUUACAAAUUUGUUACAAAUUGAUCUAGGAUCCUGGACUGUGUCAGUAACUGGGGGACAGGCAGCUAGCUAUCUGAAAGAAUGUGCGUUAGCGUAAUCACAAUGUCAUAGGCAUUCUUUAAUGGUAAUAACUAAAUGAUCUGGUAAAUUUAUCUCUGUCUUUGGAGGGAGAGGAACGAAGGAAGCUUUGAAGAUCAUGAGUGGUCAAUGUAUGGGCUUAGAUUUUUCUUUUAUAACACUUUACUCCAUUGGUCCUUUGCAAAAGAUUCCAAUGGUUUGAAUAUUCAUGAAUUCCUUUAUGUCCCGUGUCUUGGGCUAUGCCUAUACCUCAUCAAUAAAGUCUUUAUUUACUGAUAAAAAAAUCUGGUAAAUUGAUGUCUCAGGAUAUGAUAAUAUUUGUACUUUUAAUUGGAUGUAAACAUGAAUGUUCUUCUUGUCUAGUCCAGAUACUUGAUUUUUUUUUUCGUCUUACUAUUUCAGGGUUCAUAGGUUAGUCUUAGCAUAUCUCGUGAUUGAAAUAGAGCAUGAUUCAAUAUGUGUGAUUGAUAUAUUUUUCAAUUUGUGAUAUCUACUGCCAUUGUAUGUAUCAUCUUCGACUGUACGUUUAGAUGCAUAGUAUGGUACUUGUAUAAUUUAAGUUUUAGCAGUGCUGGAUUUAUAAAGAAAGAAGGCCCUUGGCAGUGUUGGAAAGGGGGCAAAAGAUGACAGUUGCAACACUAAAGGCCUCUAGUUCUACAGAAUUGAUGAAAUCAGAGGGAAAUGAUACUGUAGACACCAUCAUCAAACAAACAAUUGGAAAAGACCCACUUUUGUCUUUCUCAAGGGCCGUGGACAGCCCGGCGCAAUGGAUCCAAUUACUUCAUGCUUUGGAUCAGCAAGAAUUGCAAGGUUGGCCCUUUCCCUCUCUGAAGGUGCAGAUGCAGAAUUGUGACAAGUGUUCUCGAGAAUUCUGUUCACCCAUCAACUACAAAAGGCAUAUACGUGUGCACCACCGGUUGAAAACGCUUGCUAAGGCUUCUACUAAAGAUAGGGACCUGCUGGGAGUGUUUUGGGAUAAGCUCUCUUUGGAAGAGGCAAAGGAAGUUUUGUCAUUCAAGAACGUGAUAUUUGAGGGAGUACCAGGGUCUUCAAUUGUAAAGUCAUUGACAACACUUAUUAGGAGACCAGGGGUUGCAACUUUGCCACAAGUUUAUUUGAGGGCUGGUUCUGCCCUUUUGGAUGUUAUCCAUGCUCGACCUUCUAGAUUACCUAUGUCAUCCUCGGAGUUAUUUUGUAUCCUUGAUGAUGCGAGUGAGAAAACAUUUCUGUGUGGGACAGCCGACUUGAUGCAAAAGUAUGUUUUUCAUGGGGAAGCUGGGAAGAGUGGCCUUGAAACAAAAAACUUAGUUGCUUGCACCAGCUUCUUGCUGGAACAGAAAUUGGUCAAAGCAUGGCUUGCAGAUAAGGAUGCAGAGGCUUUAAGGUGCCAGAAGUUACUGGUGGAGGAAGAAGAAGCUGCUCAGAAAAGGAAAGCUGAGCUGUUGGAAAGGAAAAGGAAGAAGAAAUUGAGGCAAAAAGAACACAAAGCAAAGGAGCUUAAACAUGUGGAAGCAGAUGUUAACGAAUGCAUCAGUAAUACUCUGGAGGCACCUAUAAUGCCAGCUGAAACAUCCAGCUUUUUAGCCACAUGUGAUUCUGGUAUGCCCAUCCCAGAAAUGCUGCCAGAUCAAGUUCACUUAUCUUCUGAACCAUUCGAACUCUCAAAUUCAGAUGAAGAAGCAGGUCCUGAUUCUCGAUCUGGGUAUGGCUGUGACUGUACUAGUCAGAAUGUUGAACGGCAGACAGUGCCGGGAAGUGGUCGCCGGCAUGGAGUUGUUGUUCGAUGGCAAUUGCCCCCAAAAUCGCAGAGGGGAGUGCCAAGUGGCUUCCAUUCAGGUCAGAAUUCUCAAGCAUCAAAGCUUGGUGCCAUGCAAAAGCUUGGGAUCCACCGGGUUUUGAGGACUUCUCCAGUAGCCAACACCAAUAAAGUAUGGAGUCGAAAACCUAAGCCUGAAAGUGGUGGGGAGGUUUUGAAAGCCAGAGUACAGGAAGAGGAGAUAAAGCGACCAGAGCAAAGUAAGACUAAUGAGGUUUUGAUUGGCUCUAUAUGUGUUACACUUGGAAAUUGUAGCCAAGAGGGUAAUAAUCUUGCUAGAGCUGGUGAAGAUAACCUGUCAGAGCAUCAAAUACCAAAGAAGGCUGGCAUUCAGGAGAAGUCCGCUAAACCUGAUUCUCUUCAGAGUGGCACAAAUCAAUCAACAGUUAAGCUCCGGAGGCCAGUGAGCCAAUAUGGAAGAAAAGAUCCUAUGUCUGUUCAGAAUGGCAAUAUUGAAUCUGAAGCGGAUACAAAUGCUGAAAAGGACAAUGAUCAAAACCCCGAGGAAGUUUGUUUAAGAUGCUCUGCUACCGUGGAUGAUGGUAAUGGUGGCGGUAAGAACAGUAAUAAAUUCUUGGAGGGAAGUGUCUAUCCUGGAAGCGCUAUGCAUGCAAAAGUUUUUCUCGCACAGAAAUGGAAGGAAGCUAUAGCAGCCGACCAUGUGAAAUUGGUUCUUUCCCCGUGUUCUGAACCUCCAGGAUGCCCGGAGGCAGGAUGUGGGGUAGCGAUUCAGUCAUCAAAUUUCCACAAAUGCAGCAUUCUUGGCAUUGCAAACAACUGGUUGGUUAAUGCAGGUGCAGGUGGUUUUGAGUCUUCACCAGCCAGGAGUGUUAGACAUAACUACAGGACUAAGUCUGAAAAGGUUAUGAACAGAAAGUACAUUCCCAAAAAAAGCAAUGCAACCUAGUAAGGUGGGAAAAGAGAGGAGAUUUGUUUCUUUUACAAAUGUGCACAGUUCAACUCACUGUCGUGUUGUUAGCCAGAGGUUCCAGUUUUACAGAUGGUCUUCUGUCGGAAAAUUGAAAAGAAGUUUUGCCGGAAAAUCUUUGUACAAUUCCGUCCUUUUUCUGCAGAUUUACUAGUGAGGUUUUUUUUUUUAAAUUUUUUUUCUUAAUAGUCUAUUUUUUUGUAAUAAAUUUGGUGUUUAAUUAAUUCAAAGGUCAACCCUUUUUGUCUA